AAGUGUAAAACCAUAAAAACCUCAUACCUCUCAGAACCAGCGGUUGCAUCUGAUCUCCUUUUCAUUAAGAUCUCUCUGCAGAAAAUUGUGCAAAAUGCAAAACUUCAGCGUUCAGAACAAAAGAAUAUACAGAAUGCCGUCAGAGGAUCUCAGCAUGCUGAGACCCAUAUUUUACUCUUGGAGAAAUGCUGGGAACAGGGGUUCCUAUUCCAAGGAGAUCUUCGGAUCUACCACUGCACAAAUGGGGCUAGUUGGAAAUGUUGCAAAUGAAAAGGAAACCAUGCAAAUCUUGAAUGAACGUCUUGCUUCCUACCUGGAGAAAGUUAGGAGUUUGGAGAAGGCCAACGCCGAACUGGAGGUGAAAAUCCGCCAGGUUAUGGAGAAAAAAGGUCCAGACGCUAAGGACUACAGUCACUACCAAGCCACCCUUGAUAAACUACGCAAAGAGAUCCUGGAGAUGGUUUUAAGCAAUGCAAAUACGAGCAUUCGUAUUGACAAUGCCAAGUUGGCUGCUGAAGACUACAGGGUCAAGUUUGAAAAUGAAUUUCAGCUAAGACAGUCUGUUGAAACAGACAUUAAUGCACUGAGAAAGAUGCUGGAUGACAUCAAUGUGGCACGGCUCCAUCUGGAAAAUGAUGUUGAAGGUUUGAAAGUGGAGCUCAUCAGUUUAAAGAAACAACAUCAGCUGGAAGUGUCAGAAAUAUAUAGUCAGAUCACCCAGUCAGGAGUGCAGGUGGAUGUUGAUGCUCCUAAGGGACAUGAUCUGAUUAAGAUCAUGGAGGAGAUGAGAGCGAAGUAUGAAAAGAUCGCCCUCAAGAACCAGGAGGAGCUCAAAGCCUGGCACGAAUCAAAAAUCUCUGUUGUGCAGGUUCAAGUGACCGAGAACACUGCAGCAUUGAAGGAAGCCAGAACACAAGUCAGUGUGAGCCGCAGGCAGAUGCAAACUUUGGAAACAGAGCUGCAGUCUCUGACCGGAAAUAGAGCAUCUUUGGAAGAAACCCUUCAUGAAACAAAGUUGCGAUAUGGCAUGCAGUUGGAGCAAUACAAUGGCAUAAUUUUGCUGCGGGAGUCUGAGCUUAAGCAGCUGCGUGAUGACAUUCAAAGUCAAACGCUGGAGUAUCAGGCCCUGCUCAACAUUAAGAUGGAGCUGGAAGCUGAGAUAGCCACCUACAGGAAACUUCUGGAUGGAGAAGAUAAAUAGUGAGCAUGCCUAUUUCGCCUUCAGAAAACUUCAUCUUGAUGUUAAGAAAAUAUUUUUACAUAUUUGAGAAAGGAUCCAACAAGACAAUAUUAGAGACAAUUGAAAACUGAUUUAGACAAAAAAAAGAUUACAAGAGCAUAAGCCAAUAUCUCAUGAAUCAAAACCAUUCAUAAAUACUAUGAAUAUUUUGAAUAAAGUAUAAUCAAAAUUCUUUCAGUAGUAUUUCUGUUGAAUCAGAAUUUGAACACAUGUUGGAAAGCCACCACUCUCUUAAUCGAAACCAUACAGUGUAUCUCUACUCAAACUAUGUUGUUUUAUCACUGUCAAAGUUUCAGUUUCUUGUUAUGACAAAUUGGACCCUUAGGGUCUAAUGAGCAUUUUGAAUAUGUCAUCACAGUAAAAGAAAACAGUAAGUGGUGUCCAAUUCCAUUUCCAUUUUACAAAAACAUUCCAACAGUCAUACAUAAUAACAGAGCAAAAUGAAAACAAAAUUAUGGUCUUGUUUUGUACUUCAAACCAUCAACAACUAUAUAAACCAUGCUCUCUUGUCCUCA